AUGGAGGGAGCCAGUCCAACCAUUGGCUCAGCAAAAGCUGAGUCAAAGACCACAAGUCACAUGACUCAAAAAGGACAAAUGGGAAGAUAUGGAAAAUCUUUACCCCGAUUGUUCAAAUACGAAGACUGCGAAGUUAGAGCCAUGCUUUUGCUGGCAUAUAUGUAUUUCAAUGGAAUUGGUGUUAUCGAAAAUUUAGAAAAAACAGUAUUUUACUUGGUAAAGAUUACGAAAUUUCAAGGCAUACGAGAGGGUGAAGAGGGUCUUCUGGCAGAAGCUUUGUAUCGUCUCGGAGAACUUCACUACAAAGGCAUUGCUGUAAAGCAGGAUGACGUACAAGCUGAAAAGUGCUGGUUCCGUGGGGCAUCUUUGCAAAAAGAUCCGGCAACUGAUCGCCAUUUUCACGCCUCUGUCCAAUGCCAGACAGCCCUUGGUAUGUUCUAUUCAAAUUCGGAGAAAGAUGAUGUCAAGAAGGCAUUCUACUGGCACAAGAAAGCUACUGAAUCUGGGAGCAUCAUUUCAGAAGGUGAAGGUAGUUCAAAACAGGGAUUUGAAGACGGAGUCUUUAUCAAAAAGAUAGGAAUCGUUUAA